AAAGGGAGGAAAAGGAAAGACGACCACAGUUCCCAUGAUGCACGGAGAGAUGACUACAUUUCCCAUGACGCAGCGGGGGGCGGUGCGUAGGGAAGAAAGACUGCAUGUCCCGCGAUGCUCUCUGCAGGCCGGUGGCGGAGAUUGAACCGGAAGACGCUUUCUGGGUCUGAGGAGUGGAGUGACUGGUUUUGAACAGCCAAAAGUCCAAUAUGAAACUGUAUUGCCUGUCAGGGCACCCAACCUUACCAUGCAAUGUACUCAAAUUCAAAUCAACCACCAUUAUGCUGGACUGUGGACUGGACAUGACUUCCACCCUCAAUUUCCUUCCUUUGCCACUUGUUCAAAGUCCCAGGCUGUCUAAUCUUCCUGGCUGGUCCCUAAAGGAUGGAAAUGCUUUCUUGGACAAGGAGCUAAAGGAGUGCUCAGGUCAUGUGUUUGUGGAUUCUGUGCCCGAAUUCUGCCUACCAGAGACGGAGCUAAUAGAUCUGUCUACGGUAGAUGUGAUCCUCAUCUCUAACUAUCACUGCAUGAUGGCUCUGCCCUACAUCACUGAGCACACGGGGUUCACAGGCACGGUCUAUGCCACAGAGCCCACCGUUCAGAUCGGCAGGCUUCUCAUGGAAGAGUUGGUGAACUUCAUUGAACGCGUGCCCAAGGCUCAGUCUGCCUCCUUGUGGAAGAACAAGGAUAUUCAGCGGCUGCUGCCUUCUCCUCUCAAGGAUGCAGUAGAAGUAUCAACCUGGAGAAGAUGCUAUACAAUGCAAGAGGUGAACUCUGCCCUUAGUAAAAUCCAGCUGGUGGGAUAUUCUCAGAAAAUUGAGCUUUUUGGUGCAGUCCAGGUGACUCCUUUAAGCUCUGGCUAUGCCCUUGGAAGCUCCAACUGGAUUAUCCAAUCCCAUUAUGAGAAAGUGUCUUACGUCUCUGGAUCCUCCUUGCUUACCACACACCCCCAGCCCAUGGACCAAGCUUCUCUCAAAAACAGCGAUGUUCUCAUUCUGACAGGCCUUACCCAGAUUCCCACCGCAAACCCAGACAACAUGGUGGGAGAGUUCUGCAGCAACCUGGCACUGACAGUCCGGAACGGAGGAAACGUGUUGGUCCCCUGCUACCCUUCUGGAGUGAUCUAUGACCUUCUGGAAUGCCUGUAUCAGUACAUUGACUCUGCCGGCCUCUCCAGCAUUCCUUUCUACUUCAUCUCCCCAGUGGCUAACAGUUCACUCGAGUUUUCCCAGAUUUUUGCCGAGUGGCUUUGUCACAACAAACAGACCAAGGUGUAUCUCCCAGAACCGCCUUUUCCUCAUGCAGAGCUCAUUCAGACCAACAAGCUGAGGCACUACCCCAGCAUCCACGGAGACUUCAGCAACGACUUCAGACAGCCGUGUGUGGUUUUCACUGGACACCCUUCCCUCCGAUUUGGGGACGUGGUCCAUUUCAUGGAGCUCUGGGGAAAAUCUAGUCUCAACACUGUCAUAUUCACAGAACCUGACUUCUCAUACCUGGAAGCACUAGCUCCCUACCAGCCCUUGGCCAUGAAAUGCAUAUACUGCCCCAUUGAUACGAGACUGAAUUUCAUCCAAGUGUCAAAGCUGCUCAAAGAAGUGCAGCCCCUCCACGUGGUCUGUCCUGAGCAGUACACCCAGCCGCCCCCGGCGCAGUCCCACCGGAUGGACCUGAUGAUUGACUGCCAGCCACCCGCCAUGUCCUAUCGGCGCGCCGAGGUCCUCGCCCUGCCCUUCAAGCGUCGCUAUGAGAAGAUAGAAAUCAUGCCGGAGCUUGCGGACUCACUGGUACCCAUGGAGAUCAAGCCUGGCAUUUCCUUGGCAACCGUCUCGGCCGUGCUGCACACUAAAGAUAACAAGCACGUUCUCCAGCCCCCGCCCAGGCCUGCCCAGCCCACAGGCGGCAAGAAGAGAAAGCGGGCCAGCGACGACAUUCCAGACUGCAAGGUUUUGAAGCCUCUACUGAGCGGCUCCAUCCCCGUGGAGCAGUUCGUGCAGACGCUGGAGAAGCAUGGCUUCAGCGAUAUUAAGGUGGAAGACACAGCCAAGGGCCAUAUCGUCCUGCUACAGGAAGCUGAGACGCUCAUCCAGAUCGAGGAAGAUUCGACCCAUAUCAUUUGUGACAAUGACGAGAUGCUCAGGGUACGGCUGCGGGACCUUGUCCUCAAAUUCCUACAGAAGUUCUGAGUGGAACACGAAAGCCAUCUCCACUUCCCUGAGACCUUGCUGCAGUCCUUCACUGUGGCUGCCCAGCACCCAGUGGAGGAAGGCCAUGCAGGCUGGCAGGUCUCUGUGGUGGUGGUCUCUGGCUUGAGCAACAUUCUCAGGAGUUACGGCCAGAAUCUCCCAGUCUGGCUUCUUAGCACUGUUUCCGGCAAGAGCUUUUCCUUUAUUUAACCUUCAGCCUCGUCUUCUUCCCAGUCCUGCCUCUCUCGGGUAGCCAGGCAGGUGAGGCAACAAGCCGAGGAGAAGGCUGAGAGCUACAGCAGCUUUCCAGAAGGUUAAUAGUGGAAGGAGAGGUAAAAAGAUGAGGACUUGUGACCUGUUUUUCAUGGUUUCACAGGCCUCGGGCAGGGGAACUAGUCUUUGAGUUUGUGUUAUUGUCUACAGUGCUGUACCUGAUAAGAAAGAUGAUCCCCCAAAAUUAGCAAAAUGAACCCAUCUAUCUGUAUUUUACAAUGUGAGCUCAUUUUGUUAAUAAAACUUAUUUUUUAUAGAAGUAGCUGUGUUCUGGUGAACCUACAAUUUAUACAGCCAUUUAGUAUCUGAAAGAAUAUGAAAAUAUACAGAACUGAACUUAGAAAACACCACAGCAAAUUUUAGUUUGGUAUGUUCAUUAGUAUAUUUCUUAAAUUGUACGAACGGGUGCUUAACUUCAUCUGAGCUGUGUCAGUAUGAGAAACAGAGCGUUGACGCUGACCUUGACCUUCUGGGGGAGGUCAAGCAUCUCAGGCUGAACCAGCAUCUCAGGCUCCACUCACAGUCUCCGGUCACCACUGCCUCUCCCACAGAUGAUCAGGAUUCUCCGCAUUCCACGGAGCAGUAAACUCAGACGCCUGUGUCUGAAAUAAUGGAAUUGCUUAAAACAGGUAUUUACCAGAUUACAUCAACUCUGACAUAGCAUCCGUUGUAACCCACGUGCCAAUUCUGCAAGUAUUAAAAUGUGGGGAGUAGCAUACAAGUCUUAGAACUGGCCAGCAGUGGAAGGAGACGCUUACCAUCUUUUCGGACCAGUUGAAAUUCAGUCGGAGGUCAGUCCAACCUGGCCAGCAGCAAGGCAUCACAAAGGGCUUUAGUGACCCAAGAACUGUAACACUGUAGAACUACUUCCUCAGGUUUCAUGGAGAGUUGGCUGUCAGUUCUGUCUCUGGAAUGGACAUGUCAGUGGGAAGCAGUUCUUCAUUCGAGGAGGAAAACGGCAACUUCAUUUUUGUCAUCUCCAACUUCACCAGCCUUGGGCCCAGGAACGAUUCAACCGUUCUCUGUUUCCCGAUGUGCAGAUCAUUCCAACCGAGGGGCCUAGGGUGUGUCUACAGAAUAAACUUCGGGAGAGGAUUAACAUUACAAGAGACGGACAUGCCAUGGUUAUGAAAAUUUAGUUUUGUUUUUAGUAAGAGAAUUGUAAAUAUGCAGCCCAUGUAGGCAUACUUCCUAAUAAAACUUGAGAGAAAUCA